AUGGCACGGCGAGAAGACGACUCCUACACCAACGGGUCGGUGUUCGAGGUGUCCGUUGAGGAAGGGAGGAAGGACAAGUCGGAAGCGUACGCCGACGCCAGCAAGCAGCCUGAGGAGGCUAACGACGGUAUCGACGAUGCAGUCUGCGGCAUGCCGGCGUCAAUUUCUUACAUUCAGCAGCUCAUCGCGGAGUUCCUGGCGACGUUCUUCCUGAUCUUCGCCGGGUGCGGGGUCAUCACGGUGAACGACAAGAACGGCAUGGCCACGUUCCCGGGCAUCGCCGUGGUGUGGGGGAUGACCGUCAUGGCCAUGGUCUACGCCGUCGGCCACGUCUCCGGCGCGCACAUCAACCCCGCCGUCACCGUCGGCUUCGCCGUCUCCGGCCGCUUCCCCUGGAGGAAGGUCCCGGCGUACAUGGUGGUGCAGACGGUGGCGGCAACGUUCGCGAGCCUGCUGCUGCGGCAGAUGUUCGGCAGGCGGCACUUGGUCGCCUCAGUGACGGUGCCAAGCGGCAUCAGCAGCCAGUCGCUCGUCCUCGAGUUCAUCAUCACCUUCUACCUCAUGUUCGUCAUCAUGGCCGUCGCCACCGACGACCGGGCGGUCGGGCAGAUGGCCGGGCUCGCGGUGGGCGGAACCAUCAUGCUCAACGCGCUGUUCGCCGGGCCGGUGUCGGGAGCAUCGAUGAACCCGGUGAGGAGCAUCGGGCCGGCGCUGGUGGGGGGCAAGUACACGGGGCUGUGGGUGUACAUCUUCGGGCCGUUCGCCGGCGCGGCGGCCGGAGCCUGGGCGUACAACCUCAUCCGACACACCGACAAGACGCUCGCCGAGAUCACCAAGAGCAUCAGCCGGACCAACAACUGA